AGUUCCACGUCCUUGGGGAUUAUGACGCCAGGGGUAAGGGAGUAGAGAGAGGGCACAGUGACCAUGUCCAGUCCUCUUUCCCCCUAGACCUCUGCAGGACACUUCACAACGCGCUUGCUUUCCUGAAGUGGCUCCAAAGGGUGGUCCCUGAACCCGGCACCGAGAGACUGCUGCCUUGCUGCCCUGAUGACGACACCAGAACAUCUCCUUCCAUCUCAGGCUGUCGGGCAGCCCACCAUCUAUGAUAUCUCCAAAAUAACCGACAGCCUUUACGUUAGUAAUGCCGUGGCCCCGAAUAACAAAUUUAUGUUGUCCCGCUAUAACAUCACCACCGUCAUCAAUGCUUCAGAGGUGGUGAGCACAUACUUCAAGGACAUUCAGUAUGUACAGGUGCCGGUGUCUGAUACUCCCACCUCAUACAUCUACCAGUUUUUUGACCCGAUUGCUGAUCACAUCCACGGCGUGGAAAUGAAACAAGGACGUACGCUGCUGCACUGCGCCGCGGGAGUUAGCCGCUCGCCUGCGCUCUGUCUUGCGUACCUGAUGAAACAUCGCUCCAUGACUCUGCUAGACGCCCACACUUGGACCAAGGCCUGCCGCCCCAUCAUCAAGCCCAACAACGGAUUUUGGAAACAACUUAUUCACUAUGAAUUCAAGCUGUUCAGUAAGAACACUGUGUGCAUGAUCAACUCCCCAGUGGGUAUGAUCCCCAAUAUGUACGAAAAUGAAGUCGAUGUGAUGUGAACCAUUCCAGCCAGCCUUCGCAUCUAUACUGCUCUUACAGCAAGAGCGAACAUGAAUUUGAGUUAGUAAAGAAAAUCAGAGGAGGCCUCGUAGAUGGGCAAGAAUAGGGGAA